AUGGAACGUCGAAGUGUGUCAGAGCAUAAAGAACACUUUCAAACGAUACUUCGUAAUGUUGAGAAUGAUACUAAAUUGGAAGUAUUUGAUGCCGAAGAAACAGCUGGUAGUAAAGUCGGUGACAACUACUUGUCAGUUGUUCUAAAAACAGUUGUCAAUGGAAAACGUGGAAAUGGCGAACCUUACAGUGGUAUAUUUAUGACAAAAUAUUUACCGCAUCAUAGAGUAUUUGCAGCAGCAAUGAGAAAUGAUGAAGUAUUUUUAAAUGAGGCACAUGUUUAUAAUAAAAUAUUGCCUUAUUUGGGUGAUAUUGGACCAAAAUGUAUAUUUGCUGAUAAAAAUGAAAUAAUCAUGGAAGAUCUUAAAUCUCAAGGUUAUAUUAUUAAGCCAAGACUUGAUUUACUUGAUUUACAACAUUGCACAGCACUUGUUGAGAAAUUAGCAACACUACAUGCACGCUCAUUGAACUUGAAAUUUAAAGAUAACAAAUUAUUCAAUGAAUUAUUAUCACCACUAUCAGAGGCAGUAUUUCCACUUGAUGAUAAACCGAGUAUGGGUACAUCACUAGAAAUAAGCUUGACAACAGCAAUAAAACAUUUGGAAUCAUUGGAACAAUCAGAUGCCAUAAAUAAUGGUAUAAAUUUGCUUAAAAAAUUUGAAAAUAAAACAUUCAGUAUAAUGAGUAAUUUGGUAAAACAAGGUCAAAAUAAAUAUGAUGUUAUAACACAUGGUGAUUCAUGGAUAAAUAAUUUAUUAUUUAAAAAUAAUAAAAAUGGAUGUAUUGAAGAUGUCAAACAUUUGAAUAAUAUUACUAUUGAUUGGUUUAAAGAAGAGUUGAAUAAAAAUUCAUUGUAUGGACUUUUCACAAGUUUUUGGUUGGUCAAUGCAAUACUUGCUGAAGGUGAGGAUAUACUUGAUCUUGAUACAAUAACAGCUGAACAAAUGCAAGAAAUGGGACAUUGGCAACCACCAAUAAGACCAUUAAAAGCUCACAGAAUAAAUGACAUUGUUCAACACUACAUGAAACAUUACAAUUAA